GGCGGGCAGGCGCGCGGCCGGCGCGGGGCGCGCGCGGCGGGGCUGGUGUGGGAGCGGAGCGGGCGGCGGGGGAAGAUGGAAGGAGCCUCCUUCGGAGCGGGCCGGGCGGGGGGGGCCAUCGACCCCGUGGAUUUCCUGAAGCAGCCGCAGACCAUCCUCCGGCUGGCGACCUGGAUCUUCUCCAUCGUGGUGUUUGGCUCCAUUGUGAACGAGUGCUACGUGAACAAGGACAGCCAGGACCCCGAGCUGCUCUGCAUCUUCAAUGAGAAUGAGAGUGCCUGCAGCUACGGCAUCGCCGUUGGCCUCAUUGCCUUCUUUGGCUGUAUCUUCUUCUUUGUCGUGGACCUCUACUUCCAGCAGAUCAGCAGCGUGAAGGACCGCAAACGAGCCGUCCUGCUGGACCUUGGCUUUUCAGGUUUCUUGUCCUUCCUGUGGUUUGUAGCCUUCUGCUUCCUAGCAAACCAGUGGCAACAGACGACGAUGAGCACAGGGGUUUUGCAAGGAGCAGACGCCGCCCGGGCAGCGAUCACCUUCUCCUUCUUCUCCAUCAUCGUCUGGGUCGCGCUGGCGGUGAAGGCGCUGCAGAGAUACCGCCUGGGGACGGACAUGUCACUCUUUGCCACCGAUCAGUUCGCUGCCGACCCCAACGCGGCGUACCCCGGCUACCCCACCGGCAGCGGCAUCGAGAGCACAGAGACCUACCAGAGUCCCCCCUUCACCGAGACCUUAGACGCCAACCCGAAAGGGUACCAAGUGCCAGCGUACUGAGGGGCGAGGGCCGUGUACCAAGAGACGGAGUCCUACGGUGCAGUACACUUAACCGGUUGAUCGCAAAUGUAUUCAGUCCCAUUUCCUUAAUGUGGCAAGUCAGUGCUGGGUUCCUUACUAUUAGCUAGUUGUGCAGUGAAUUCUGUACAGUGGUAUUGGUUCUUGUCUUACCUGUCCAAGGGUUUUUAUAAAAGCAGUGUUCCCUCUAAGUUGGAAGGAAGGAAGGAAGGUUGCUACCACAUCACCUGCGCGUGGCGAAAGACGAAUAAAUGCCCUCUCUGAGGCUUGACACCGGGCAAUCGGUGGUUGGGUUCUGCUGAGCGCCCGCGAAAGCCCAGAAAAUAACCUUUUCCUGUUAGAAAACACAGUAGCUGAGGGGUUGUUACUUAUCUCGUUCUUCCAGAGCUAACACAGAAUCGGUCUCGCGGUGGCGAGGGUGGGUGGGCGGCGCGGGGGAGUUCAGCCCCGUGCCGCUCCCGCUGCAGAGCUUUCCUGUACACGUUCCACGGAGAGUGCCAAAUUCACAAAGAAAUAAGUGGCAUCUGUGUUACUUUUAUUUGUAUAUAUUUACUGUACAAAAGAAAAAAAAAAAAAUCCAAACAGGUGUUUCAAACUUAGCUUAGGAUGCAAGCGGCAUGGGGGGGGCGGCACAGCGGGCUGGGGGUUAUGUUAAAUAUCCGAAUUGCUUCUGGGCUUCAACAGGAUUCUGGUUGAGGAUGUAAAAAAGUUACCGUUUGAGACUGGAAACCAGUUCAGCAGCAGUUGGCUGCUAAUGAGGAAUAGCCUUUUAUCAGGGGAAAGUACGGCGCGUUGCAGUUCCACUUCUUCACCGGGGCGGGGGGUGGGGGGGGGGUGGGGUUGGGAAAGUUUGCAAAUUUACAAGUAGUUUCUGGUUGGCAAUGCUGAGCACUUACUCACGCUCAAACUCCGAGCUGCCAACACAAAAAGGGUGGGUGUCUCAGCGGCUCAAAGUCCAAGUCAAUUAGGAGUGGCACCGAACUCGUGUGUUUAUACUGGGAGCAGCCGCCAUCUGUCGCCGGCUGCAGCAGAACCUCAGGUGCGGAUGUACGUUUUACCCCGCGGUCUCUAGAAAUGAGGAAUUCAGCGACUUUUUAGCGGCCGUUGAAGUCCAUCAUGUGGGGGCUCACAGCCCCGUGUUUGCAAAUAGAAGGAGAAGAGAGUGAAUGAGAAACGCCCGGGAAAGAGGCUGCGUUUCGGUUUUCGGCGGCAAAAUUCCUGCCUUCUCAAAAACAACUCGACGGGCAAAAUCCGGUAGGUCCUUGUCAGCGGCCUGCCUGCUUUCCCCGCCCGUCUGCCUGCGCGGCGGCAGCCCUCGGAGCUGUUUGUCACUAAGGACUGAGCAAAGGAGCUGAAACUUGAAUUCCCGACCACCUCGGUGGCGGCUCCAUCCUUAGAGGCCCCCGGCUCUCCCGGCUCCCGGUGGCUGUUGAGUCGGGGUUUCGCCUUCCCGGUUUAACGCCGGCAAAGGUUGGGUGCUGCCUUCUGACCUCGUGACAAGCAAUAGUUACCGGGCUGCCCCGGCUCUCCUUGUAGCAAAACCAUCCAGCAGGUUUUUUUUUUUUGUUUGUUUUUGGUCAUCAUUAACACAGCUCAUUUCUGCUGCUAAAUUGCAAAUAAAUGCAUGAAUUCAGAAGCAGCAAAUCUCAUCACGAGCAGCGACAAAGUGCAUUACCUGACUCCCCUACGAUUCAGGCCGGGUUAAAUUGUGGAUUUGCAGCGCGGGCGAGUUUGCUGGCGCUGAGCUCCUCCCGCUCUCCUGGCAGCACCGCAGCCACUGGAGCUGGACGGGGAUUUUUUUUACGGCAGCGUUUCCCAACUCGGACACUUCUCCCGUGCCGCUGCAGCCUCCCCGUGCAGCGCGGCCGCACGCGGUGACACCGAGACCUGCCGUCCCCCCCGCGGUCCCCACCAUGGACUUGCCCAACAGCGACAGCAGAGGCGAUGUCUCGCCCUCUGGACGCCUUUGCGCCCACUUGGAGGUCCAAACGCUAUCAGGGUACGUAGCGCUCAGCUGCCUGGUCCUGCUGCCCGCAGCGGAGGCAGGAGCGUGAGCAGGAGGUGUCACUUGCUCAACUAAUGCAAGGAGCAAGGAAGAGGUGACCCAGGGGCGUCUGCCGGUGGCCUGUGCCAGCUGGGCUUGUAAACAGCGAGACAUCCUUGCAUUAAGUAGACCAGGGACACCCCAACCCCAGUCGGGUAUAAGCCUAAAUUAAUUACGUGACCCUUGCGAUUUUUCUAGAGUCUUGCUGGGAAAAAAAGGCAAAGGAUUUUAACACAGGGUACGGUAGAACUGUAGCAAUAUUUUCCUUAGAGGGAACACUGAAAUUUUAGCAGCACAAACAGUACUUGUGUUAAUAUUUUAGCAAAAUUAUAAUCAAUUUAAAUGUUUAAAUUGAUUGUAUGUGAGAUAAUGUUUGUUCGGUACAUUGUAUUUUUUCUAACUAUAUAACUGUUCCAGAGUUUCCUUGUAACCGUAAAGAACUAAAGCUCUGUCUGACUGCGGGACGUGUCCUGACCCCUGGUGUAACCAUGCUGAAUAUUACAACAUCUGAAUGUA